CAAAGGAUUCCGAACUUUUCAGUGGAGUAAUGUCUGCAGAUAAAGCAAAGGAAGCUGUUUGCUCUGGCUUUUAGCUCAGUAGACCGAUUACCCAGCGGCUGCUUGCUUGCAAGGGCUUUUCUUCUUCUCUUUGGCGGUGAUGGAGAGGAAAUGAGCACUGCAUGAGAAAUCACUAUUGGAUUACCGAGGAUCAAGCCAGGCCAAGAACCACUGAUCAGUAAUGGGAACUGAUAGACAGGAUUACACCUGAAACUUAAAGUAGGCUUUAUCCAUCAUUUCUGACAUGUAUGUCAGUUACCUGGUAUGUUUUUUUAAUUGACCCAAUGUUCCACCAGUUUUGGAGCAAUGUGUAUAGAAAUGUUUAUUUGAUGGAAAAAGCAACAGAAAUGAAUACAAAAUCAAAAGAGAGUUAAGGCAUUUUUGUGUCACUUGCCUUUUGUGGAGAAGAAAAGGCAUAAAAAAAUCUAAACCUCUGGCACACUAACAAUAGUUGCUGCUCCACAGACAACAUCUGGUCCUAUAGUUAUAAUCUCUCAUUCUGUUUGCCUUGUUUCCCUUCUGCCUGGCGCCUGUAAUGUUCCAUCGCCUCUGUGCCCACGUAAAGCCAUGCCAGUGCCUGAGAUGGCUGUAAGUCCUGUGAAAUCUUUGCAAUGGGAGGUCUUUCCCCCAAUGGCGACAUGCCGGGUCUACUGCACACCUGUACUGUGGGGCGGCCGCCUUUAUGUGAUGGGGGGCUGCAGCGAGAAUGGAAUGCCUCUGGACUCUGUAGAGGUCUUGGACUUAGAGAGCCAAAGCUGGUGUCAGCUACCACCAUUGCCAACUGCCAGGGCAGGAGCUUCGGCUGUGGCACUGGGGGACCAGCUGGUGGUUAUGGGCGGCAUGGAUGCUCAACAGAGUCCGCUUGCAUCAGUGGAAGUCUACCACCCAGAUGAGGGCAAGUGGGAAAGGAAGACUGGAUUGGGACAGGCAUCAAUGGGCGUAACUGCCUUGGAGAUAGAUGGAAAGGUAUAUGCGCUAGGGGGUAUGGGUUCUGACACCAGUCCACAAGCACUGGUGAGAGUCUAUGAGCCAGUUAAGGAUCAGUGGCUGUCCCUGGCCUCCAUGCCCACUCCCCGCUAUGGAGCGUUUUCCUUCCUGCAGGGCAACAAGCUUUACGUUCUCGGUGGGCGUCAGGGCAAGAUGCCAGUGACUGCAUUUGAGGCCUUUGACCUGGAGAUGAAGAGCUGGACGCGCUACCCAUGCAUCCCAAGCCGCAGGGCCUUCUCCAGCUGCGCUGCCACAGAGCGUGCCUUCUACAGCCUAGGUGGCCUGCAGCAACCCGGCCCUCACAAUUUCUACUCUAGACCACACUUCGUCUCCACUGUGGAGGAGUUUGACUCUGAACAGGGUGUUUGGCUGAAGCCCACACGGGGCUCCCGGAUGCGAGAAAAGCGGGCAGACUUCGUGGCUGGCUGUCUUGGUGGAAGGGUGGUUGUUGCCGGGGGGCUGGGUAAUCAGCCUUCACCCCUGGGCUCAGUAGAGAGUUAUAAUCAUGUGAAGAGGAAGUGGGAGCCUGUUGCCCCAAUGCCCACCCCGCGCUGCUCCUGUACCCCUCUACAGACCACGAACAUGCUAUUCCUAAUUGGAGGAGUAUCACAGGGUCCCAGUAAUGCAGUGGAGGCCCUCUGUCUGCAAGAAAGUGUCUGACAGACCAACCUGUUCUCUUGCACCUAUCAAGGACUUACGCUGGACUCUGCAGGAAUAAGAGACAUGCAGAUGAAACUGCAGAGUGUUGCUCUGCCUGAGUCCUUCUCCCACGCACAGCUGACAGUUAAGUGGAGACAAU